AUGGCCCCCGACUCCACCUCCGCCAACACCCCGACCGCAGACUCGACCGCCGCCCCAACGCCCCCCAACACCACCACCGCCGCAGCGACGGCAAACGGCUCGCAGAUCCGACCGGGCGGUGCUCCCGCGCGAGUCUACAUGAACGAGAAGAUCGUGCCGUAUCUCCUGGAGGGGAUGAAGGGCAUUGCGAAGGAGCAACCCUCGAACCCUCUCCGUGUGCUCGGUGAAUUUCUCAUCCAGAAAAGCAACGAGAUCGAGCAGGGCGGCACUGCUUCUGCGGCAGCAACGGCGAUAGCGAAGACGCCGGAGUAA